GGAGUGACCAAAAGCGAUCUGCUCCGGUCCAAUCAGCCUCAGUGCCUACCUUCACACAUAAGCGGCAGGGCACUCAGGUCCACCGGCACACACAGACCUACAUAUACACGCACACAUACACUUACACCUAGACACUUGUCACAUCUGCACGCAUUAGCCUCCACCUACCCUCCUUCCUCUUCAAGGCACCCUGUGCAACCUCUCACCAUUGGCCAAGUCUCAGAGCCCUCAGCAUCUCCAUCACGGCUGAAGGGACCAUUCGGGAAAACAGGAGACAGAGCUGGACUAUGAGGAUCUUCUUGCAGCUCGUGUUCGGACUUUUCGUCCUGAAAGCAGUGGUGGCCAGUCCCAGAUUUUCCCGACAAGUGGACUAUGACUCAUACGAUGAAGUUGACUAUGAUGAGGGAGAAGACCAUUUUGAUGAAGAUAACUAUGACUAUCGCAAAGAACUGAUAGUUGAAGAGACUGGGCCAGAAAUUGAGAAACUGGAAGAAACUGAAAAUAACUAUCCUAAACCAGAAGUGGAGAAGAUAGAGGAAGAAGAGGCACAAGAAGAGGAGGAGGAAGAAGAGUUGCCUCUAAAACCCCAACCUGUUGCUCAGGGUUCUGGUGGAUCUGGUGUUCUCAUGGGUCCAGACACACAGAAAGAGGUGGAGCUGCGUCAGAAGCCCAUCGAUACUCUUCAUGUUUCCGGGGAUUUUGGAGGCUCUGUAGGGUCUGGGGAAACCUCAGCAGCUUCUGGGGCCUCUGGGUCAGGCCUCUCAGGAGACACUCCGGUCUCCAGUGCUUCCGGAGAUCUAUCGGGUGAUAUUAUCCUGGUGUCUGGAGAUCCAGAAGAGUUACUUAAAUCCAGUGGAUCUGGGGAGUUCUUGACAGGUGGAGAUCUCUUGAUAUCCGGGGAUGUCUCAGGAUCUGGAGAGAUCACUGGGUCUGCUAUUUCUGGAGCCUCGGGGGACAUUCUCGCUAACGAUUAUGAAAUUGUCACCGAACUCCCCAUUGGCUCUGGAGGAUCUGGGGACCAGCCUGGCUCUGGGUUCACUGAAGAUAUUUUGAUCUCGGGGGCCUCUGGAAUCUCUGGGGUUUCUGGGGAUUCUAUUGAGUCUGGGUACUCAGGGAUAACUUUGAUAUCUGGAGAGGAGGAGUUUCUCCUUACUCCAGAAAAAGUCCCCCAGGAGGUACUGAGUGCUUCUGGGCAGAUCUCGGGGGAUAUUGAAGCCUCUGUAGAUUCAGAGGUCUCUGGGACUUCUGGGUUUCCCAGUGUCUCUGGCUCAGGAGACACUGAGGUCCCUGUGAUAUUUCAGCCCCCUGAACUAGAAGAGGAGGAGCUGAUUUCACCCACACCUGAAACCCCUCAGGAGGGGAAAAGGGGUGUAGAUGAAGAAACACUGAGCUCUGGCAUUUCAGAGCCUGAUGAAGCAGAGGAACCUGAUGAGGUUAUAACAGGAUUGCCUGUUUGCUUGCUGUGCACAUGCCUCGGUGGUUCGGUCUACUGUGACGACUUGAGGCUGAACAAUGUUCCCCCUCUGCCCAAAGACACCACUCACUUCUACGCACGUUACAACAAAAUCACAAAGAUCAGCAAGUCUGACUUCGCCAACAUGAAUAAGCUGAAGAAGAUCGACCUGACUGCCAAUGAGAUAAUGUCCAUUGAAGAUAAAACAUUUAUGGGGCUACCUGAGCUGGAGGAACUGAUAAUCAGACAAAAUCACGUCUCACAGCUACCGUCCCUUCCCGAGACCAUGGCCCUGAUUGAUGCCAGCCAGAACAACAUUGGCUCAAAGGGUAUUCAUAAAGAGGCGUUUAAAGACAUGACUGGCCUGCAGUACCUUUACCUAACCGAUAACAACAUCGACUAUAUUCCAGUGCCUCUACCAGACAGCCUACGCUCUCUACAUUUACAGCAUAACAACAUUCAGAUGAUGCAUGAGGACACGUUCUGCAACCUGAACAACUUCAACUACAUCAGAAAUGCAUUGGAGGACAUCCGUCUGGACGGCAACCCCAUCAACCUCAGCAAAACCCCGCAGGCUUACAUCUGCCUGCCCCGUAUACCCAUCGGGAAUCUCGUUUAACCUAGACUCCUGUAAACAUCUUUGUACAUACUGACACACAGAGUUCAACUAUAUUCAUUGUUCAAACUACCAGUCAUUUUCAAAAGUGUGCUUCCUAUAUGCUGCUGACAGAUGGUACUAAUCUGUAAAACUGUGCAAACUGUGUGAAAAUGUUCAGCAUCGCCCAAAGAGCAAAUACGACUGAAAUACCAACUAUCAAGCACAUAUACACCAUUCUACCUUCUUUCUGUUGCUCAGAUUUUUAUACCAACAACACAUUAACGCUCACAUAAAUUGUAUAAAGUUUUACUCAAACACACAUGCACACUUUUUUAUUUUGCUGAUAAAUUCAGAAGUAAAAAUCAGUUUAUUAAAAAGGCCUCACAGGGUGUCUAUUUUUCUGUUCAGUGUCUUUUCAUAACUGGUAACCAAACUCCAACCAGUAAUAUGUUGCUUAAAGGUUUGUUUUGUAAAAAUAAAUACAAAAUUUAAGAUUAAUGACUAACACUUCUUUGGCAAUGUAUACAAGCAAAGCCCUUAUGAAGCUGGAGCUUGAUAACAAGUAAAUUGAUGCAACAUAAUAAACAAAAUGCAUUUAAACACAA